GAAAUUUCAAGACAUGACUGGCAAUUAACGUCAUCGAAUUUGUAUGAAAAUCAACAGAAAUUCUUGUGAGUUAUAUAUUGAUGGCAGAUUCCAAUCGAGUAGAUCAAAAUGCCACUAGAACAAUCAUCAUUCCCAAAGGCGUACUGAGUCCUGACCAAGUGAAUGUCAUCAAUAUUCCUCGAAACCAAACUAGUACUGCGCCUUUAUUGGUGAUACCUAGACAGGAUGGAAGAGGCGUGUCAGCAAAAUCUCUUCCAAUUUGGAAUGAUGAACUCUCAGACGGUGACAGAAAAGCUGGUAUUAAACAUCUAGUAGGAUCUCCAAAAGAGUGUCUAUCAAAAUCCAGACAACAGGAUAAAACUCAUUCGCUGGUUCCUCAUCAGACAGAUCAUGAUUUCAGUUUAUCGAGUUUGUACGACUCUUCCGCAGAAAUGGAUGAAAAGGAAGCAAAUAUGUUCAAAAAUAUCAUGGAUGGUAAAUAUAAUGUGAUAAAAAGAAUGUCGCCAUCUCCAGAAAGGCGUAUACCAAAAUUGCUUGAAUAUCGUGGCGGUCAAGGAUUCAGACCAACGUACUCGAGUACUCCAGCCCAAAAUACCGAACAAGUAUUCAUGAAUGAUACUUCCAUUCCUAGUACUAUGGAUUCACAAGAUUGGUAUACACCAGAUUUGGCAGGGGUGAAAAGUUCCUUUGAUUCAACAUUACCAAGUGGAUGUCAAACUUAUCCUCCUGGGCGGAAACCUAAAUCCAGAAAAUCCCCACAGGAUGGAGGUUCACAUGAUGGGAGGUUUCCCAUCAAAGAAUAUGGGGAAGCAGAAAGACAAGUACCAAAUCAAACAUUUGAUAAAGUGAAUGCCACGCACGAAAGGUUAACUGAUGAGCGUCAAAUAAAUGGUACAUUCCAUAAAUCUAGUGCGAAAUUCGAUCAAAAUAACGUAAUGUUCAGUAGAGGAAAUGCGACAUUCGAUAGACCCAAUGCAACCUCUUGUCAACCCAACAAGACAUUUGCAAAGACCAAUUCAUCAUUCAUUCGACCCAAUCCAACAGAUGUUCAACCCAACAAUGCAACGGUUGAUAGGCCCAACAGAACUUUCGACCGAAAAUAUCCGGAUUCGUCUGUUGCCUGUGCCAAUUAUAGUGAUGCUCCGAUAGGAGUACCGGAUCAAAAUUUCAGUUUAUCGAGUUUGUAUGACUCUUCUGCAGAAAUGGAUGAAAAAGAAGCGAAUAUGUUCAAAAACAUCAUGGAUGGCAAAUAUAAUGUGAUAAAAAGAAUGUCACCUUCUCCAGAGAGGCGUAUUCCAAAAUUACCUGAAUAUCGUUGUGGCCAAGGAUUCAGGCCUAGAUACUUCAGUACUCCAGCUCAAAAUAAUGAACAACAAUAUUUGACUGAUACUUCAUUUCCAAGUACUAUGGAUUCACAAGAUUUUUUCACACCAGACUUGGCAGGAGUUGAAAGUUCGUUCGAUUCCACAUUACCAAGUCGCUGUCAAACUUAUCCGCCUAUGCGGAAAUCUAGACCCAGAAAAUCACCACAGGAUGGAGGCUCACACGCUGGAAGGUUUCCCAUAAGAGAAUCUGGAGGGGAAGGAAGAAGAUCCAAUGCCAUAACUUGUUCUGACAGACUGCUUGAUUCAACAUGUGAAACCUCCAAUCAAUCUAGUGCAAAAUCAACACGAGGAAACGGACUUGUUAGUGGAGCGAAUGCGACAUUCAAUAAACCCAGCGUAUCUUAUCAUCCGCCUCCAAGUCAGGCGCAAUCAUUUCCAGGAGAGAGAGGUAGACACAACAUAAGUCCUCAGCUAGGUAGAUCAGCAAAUGCACCUCUAUCUGCCCAGGCCCCUGAAUCAUCUAUUGUUCAGCAAAAUUAUUGGGACGCACCAUUCGGAAUACCUAUCGGUACUAGAUUUGAUGAUAAAUAUUUACCUUAUGAAUCCCCACCAAGUCAUACAAAAACCUUCCCAGGAGCAUGCGGCAGACAAAGAGGUAUUCCUCAGUUAGCUGCAUCCAUUGAGAGAAGGGGUACUCAGCUAGGUCGAUCAGUCAAUGCACCUCUUUCUGUUCAGACACCUGCAUCAUCUAUUGUUCAGCAAAAUUACAGUGACGCGCCAUUCGGAAUACCAAUUGAUACCAGCUUUGAUGAUUGCUAUCUGCCCUAUGAAUCUCCACCAAGUCAUACAAAAACCUUUCCAGGAGCAUGCGGUAGACAGAGGGGUAUUCCCCAGUUAGCUUCAUCUAUUGGAAGAAGAAGACCUCAGCUAGGUCGAUCAGUCGAUGCACCUCUUCCAGUUCAGGAAUCUGAAUCAUCUAUGGUUCAUCAGAAUUACAGUGAUGCACCAUUCGGAAUACCUAUAGAUACUAGAUUUGAUGAUCGCAAUCUACCAUAUGAAUCUCCACCAAGUCAUAUGAAAACCUUCCCAGGAGCAUGCGAUGGCCCAAGGGGUAUUCCACAGUUGGCUGGAUCUAUAGAGAGAAGAGCAGCACCUGCUCCAGCAUCUGCAUCAUAUUAUAAUCGUGCGAAUUACAGUGCAGCACCAUUCGGAGUUCCGAUUGAUACUAGAUUUGGUGGUCCAAACCUACCAUAUCAGUGUCCUCCUAGUCAGACGCAAUCCUUUCCGGGAGCAGGUGCUAUCCAAAGGGUAGUUCCUCAGUUGGGUAGAUCUAUUAACGCUCCUCUGCCUGGUCAGGCAACUGAAUCACCCGAUGAAUAUCAAAAUUAUCACGCUGAUUCAUCUGAUACCUACCAAAACUACAGUGCUGCACCAUUCGGCAUCCCGAUCAAUGCUGAAUUUGAGGAUUCACACUAUUUACCAUAUGAAAGUCCUCCAAGAUUUUCACAAACUUAUCCUCAACCUACUGCGAAAAAUAGAGGCACCUCACCACUUGGUGCUUCUUUAGAUCAAUGUGGUUCUUCUCCAAGAAAUGUGUGCACUAAUGACGAUGAACAAUCUCCUAGAAUUAUGCAUAUGAGCUCGUGGUCUUAUGGCCGUGUAAACAACUUACCAGCUGAGUCGAAAGCCUUAAUGAUAGAUGCACCAGGAGGAGUGAGUGUAGAAUUAGUAGAUGACAUCCUGAAGGAAACCUCAAGAGCUGACUCGUUCGAACCACCCUCCAUGAGCACUCCUGAUAACUCAUCAAUCAACGUAUCACUCUCCUUUCAUCAGCCCCCUGGUUUCCAUGAUCUGCGAAGAGCUGCUGGUUUGAAUUCCUUGAAUAACUCUUUCGCUUUCACAAUUGGCAAUUCAAAAGGAAAUAACACGUUUGCUGGUCGUCCCCUAAAAGUUCCUUGUAGUUCGAUGAAUAGAAAUGAAACAUUUUAA